AUGACCGGCCAGAUUAAAGCUCUCAUCGUUACUAUUGCCCUCGCCGGGUGCGCGUCAGCACUUGGCAAGGCCGUUGUCCGCAAUAAUUGCAACUUUGACGUCACCCUCUGGCCUGUCGGCCACAAUAUCGCCCCCAAGAACACCUUGCAGCCAGGUCAGCACUACUCGGAGCAAUUCUCCAACAGCCGUGCUGCUGCUAUUGGGCGUGCUCUUAAGAUUACCAGAGACCCUGAUGGCUUGUUUACGGGCAAGCCUCAGACUGAUUUCGCAUAUAACCUGGAUGGGGGCAAGAUCUGGUACGACCUGAGCGAUGUUAACGGUGACCCGUUUGCCGGACACAAGUUGGUUGUGGUUAGUGCCAACGCUGGUUGUCCUUCUAUUGUCUGGCCAAAUGGUAUUCCCCAAGGAAACGAUAUCAAAAAUUGUCCCGAUGUCAACGCCGAUGUCAUUUUGACCCUCUGCGCCAAAUAA